AUGAUACAACAUUCCAUCAAAUUAAAUCAAAUGAUCGGUUAUUCUGUUCUCCUGAUUAUCUUCUUACUGCCAUCAAAUAUCUAUGUCUUAGCCAAUUUUAAAACUGCCUGUGAACUAUUAAAACUCCCACGCGAAUGUCAUUGUCAACGUACACGUGGCGUACCCUUAUCCUCAUUAAAUGAAACACGUUUACGAUGCCGUCAAUUUACUAAAAUUACCAACGAAUAUAAUUGGCCAAUUGUUCAAUACGAUCGUUUAGCAUUUGAAACUCCGAAUGAUAAUUUAAUUUUAGAUCGAUUUGCUUUUAGUGACAUUCGAGCACGAACAUUACGUUUUAAUGUUCGACAUCUUUUUUUGAAUGAUCAUGCAUUCUAUAAUGCAUAUAUUGGUCAAUUAGCUAUAUCAUGUACAGAUGAUUAUGGUACAAUAAAUUUGGAAUCAAAUGGACAAGCAUUAUAUGGUGCAACAAUCACCAAUAUACUCGUCAAAUCAAUUGAUUUGCAAAUACAAAUAUCUGAACUUUUCUUUUCUAAUUCAGUAAUCUAUACACUUUUAAUUGAAUCAUCUAAAUUCUACGGUUUUACAAAUAAAAAAUUUAUUACUCGUCAACAAUAUGAAACAAAUUCUACAAAUGAGAAUCAAUACGAGACUUUUCUUGAAUACGAUUCUAUUCUAACACCAAAUUCAUCGUAUCAAACAAGUAGUCAAUCCUCGCCAUUAAAAAUUCGUCGAAUUAGAAACAGUAAAAGAGAUCGACGCCAAAUCUCUGACAUCAAUGAUGAAAAAUUUUCAUUGCUCGAAUAUACGACUGCGCCUAUUAAUAUAACAUCAACACCUCUUCUUGCUUCUGUAAGAAUUUAUACAAUUUUAUCAAGUAUUAAUACAACAAAUUUAACAGAAAAUUAUUUUCCAAAUAAUUUUAAUUAUAACCAAACUGAUGAAAUUACAUUAAGCUAUAAUUAUAUUAAUACAAUUGAUCCGUAUGCUUUUCGUCAUUUACAAUUCUUCGAAGGACGAUUAAUACUAACAUAUAAUCAUAUUCAAUAUCUAUCUCCUUAUGCAUUUAAUUAUUUAUAUUCAUUAAAUAAUUUAUCAUUAGCUAAUAAUUUGAUUCAAAAUGUAUCGUCAAUGCAUUUUGAGCAUUUAAAUAAAUUAUAUGAACUUGAUUUAGGUUUUAAUCAAAUAAAUCAAUUAUACAAUAAUACAUUUCAAUAUUUACCUAAUUUACAUGUAUUACGUUUAAAUAAUAACCCAUUGAAAUUUAUUCAUUCAAAUGUCUUUACAAGUUUAACUCAUUUAAAAGAAAUUAAUCUACAAGGCGUACAAUUGAUGCAGCUAAUUGAUCCACAAAAUUUCCAUUGGCUUUGGAACUUAGCUAGUUUAAAUGUCAACUACCUGUCGAAUACAAAUUUUGAUUUGAGUGAUGUUGCCUUUUGUUUAUUAUCACAUUUUAAUCAAACAUUUUUUCAUAUAUCCCGACAACAUUCAUGUUCAUGUAAUGUUCAUUAUCUAUAUAAUAAUCCUGGCAUUCAUCGAAAUGGGCCACAUUCAACAGUAAAAUAUCAUACAAACUAUUUACGUUUAACACCUAUAUGUAUUCAAAAUGAAACAUCAUCGUCUUUUGAACAGUAUCCUCAUGAAAAUGAACCAGUGGAAUAUUCAAAUUCAAGUGAUUUUAUUAUUCAAAAUUUAGGAGAUAAAUGUAAUUAUAAACUUAUGUUUCUUGAUUGUGAUGCUAUGACAACAACAACAACCGCAACCACCACUACUACAACAACAACAACAGCAAUGACUACUAUCGAAAUAUCAAGUUCGGCGGAUAAUCUAUCUACUGCCGAAAGUCUUCUUAAUGCUGCAGCACGUAAAACUGCACCACUGCCAACAACAACACCAAGGUUUUUCAAGUACACCAAGCCAACAUCUAAAUCAGCAAAUAAUACAAAAAAAUUAUUUACUGUUCUUGGUACACUAAUAGCAAUAACAGUUGCGCCCGUUAUUCUUGUUAUUUUAUGGUAUCGUCUUAAACGAUUAUAUAUACAGAAACAAAAAAGAAAAAAAGUCAUUGAACAAAAACGAGGUUUGAAUUCAAUAUCAUCAAAUAAUAUGACUCAUUAUCCUCAAACAACUGCGCCACGCUAUGCUUCAUCGGAUAUGUUAAGUAGUAUGUAUAGUGGACAGUCGAUAGGUAAUAAAAAUCCAUCACAAACAUUAAUCUCACCGGCAUCACCGCCUUCAACUAUCUACAAAAAUGUCGAUGCUCUAAACAAUGAUUCUAUUCAAAGUAUUGAUCAUGAAGAAAAUCAACUACAACGUCAAUCGCAAAAUUUAACAAACGAUAAAACAAGCGAAAUACAAGAAACUACUGAAUGUUAA